AUGGAAAAUUUUGAUUUAGUGCCUGUACCGAAACGUCGAAAUCAAACACUUAUUCCAAAGCAGGGGCAAAAUUUGGACUCAGUAUUAUCUCCGAAACCUGUUAAACGACGUGGAAGAAAACCCGGAAUCCGUUGCAGCGUACUACAGCGAAAUGCAGCCAAUGCACGAGAACGAUCUCGAAUGCGAGUUUUGUCGACAGCUUUUAUGGAGUUGAAAAGCGUCCUUCCUUGGGUACCCCGUGACACUAAGCUCUCUAAACUUGAUACUUUAAAAUUGGCAGCCGGAUAUAUUGCCUACUUGGAUCACAUCCUCAGUGAUUCAGAAACUCCAUUAUGUAGUAAUUAUUGUUCCAUGGCACCAAUUGGAAAUGAUUCAUUAUUUAGAACAAUCCUGAAGAGAUCCGUUUCCAGAUCGAAAACAAAUGCAUGUACAGAACACACGUCCUCGGUAGUUAAGCGAAAGCCUACCCUCGAAUAUCCCUCAAGCCAAGGUCGAAUAGAUCCAAUUCAUCCUGAAUCACCUAACAACUGGACUCGAGAUGUCAAAGCCGUGCAUACCUACCAGCAAUAUCCAUGCGCCCCUACCGUCCAAUCACUUAUCGAUCCCAUUAACUACACAAUUCCUCAUAUCUCUGAUCCCGAGAGCAAAAUGAAAUUGUCGCAUUUUCAAACAGCUGAAAAUCUCUCCUAUCUUCCAGUGACUUCUUCCAACACCCCUAUUGUACCUAGUGCCUUCACAACGCUACAACUUAAUUCUACCGAAUCCAAGAUCGAUUCGACUUGUACUUCCCUCAGUUCUCUUUAUACUUAUAAUCAUAAUCAUCUGCAUAAAUAA